UUCAUGUGCAUGCGGAUUACAACAAGUAUAUUAUUGUCUGUAUACAGUUCGUCAACAAUACAGAUCGUUUUGUAUUUAACUUGUCAGCACGCUUUUCAAUCACAAACUUUAAAAUUUAAAUUUUCACAAAUAUAUAAUUUGAAAAUGCUAAAUAUCACCGUCAGAUGAAAUUUUUUUCAGAUAUAAUACAUUAGAAAACCAUUCUAUGAUGGAUGAAUACGGAAAUCCGACCCCCGGGACGUCUAUGGAAUUUGAGAAUAUUGUCGUUACUGCAAAUUCGUGUGAUUUUACUUGGUUGGUAAACGAAUUCAAACACAGCGAUACCGACGAAGAUGAAAAACCCGAUGUAUCUAAUGACGGUUAUAUGUUUGACGGUAAUUACCAUGAUUUAUCGGAACAGAAAUCACAAGGCGAUCCGGAUGACGGCAUGAAAGAUUUUUUCGACGAAAUCAGGACAAUUGAUUUUGACAGUAUAGAGCAAAAGAGCAGCAGCUUACGCGAGGAGUUGUUAGAUAGAUGUGUUAGCUUUAUCGACACCAUAGGCCGCAAUAUUGUCCACUUGGAAGAAACGAGGAGUACCUUUAUGACAAACAUUGCAGUGUCAAAAAGAAACGCGGCCAAAGCCCACAAAGUGAUUAAAUAUGAACGAAAGUUAUUGUCAGAUAUGGCUAUUCCAGACCUUAAGAAAAAAGCGCAUCUGGCGAAUUUUUUCAAAAUAGGGCUAUCGAAUUGUCCACAUAAUCCUCAUUUGAUGGAAUUAUACGAAACCGGUAGGCUGAUAUUGUCUUAUAACGGCCGGUUCAUACUGGAAGAAUGCGUGGAGAGAAACUUGUGGAAUCAAGAGUUCAAGAACAAACUGGAGCAAGCCAUACACGAAGAAGUAUUGGACAAAAUCAAAACUCCUAUGCUAGCCCAACAGGCGCGGCUAGGACGAGAUCUGGUCGCCAUUGACGACCCGGUCAUAAAAAGAAAAAUCAAAGUCGAAAUCAUGGAAAUCCAAAAAGAAUUGGACGUGUUGUCAAAGACGCCAUUUCAACGUUUGGUUUUUCAAUUCAUGGAGUCUGACACCAAGUACGACUGGCUUCACAUCGCCAAAGUGACAAACAAAUCGGACGUGCAGUGUCAGCGAUUCUGGAACCUCAUGCUGAAGCCCUACGUAUCUAGAUCCAAAUGGACCAAAGAAGAAGACAAAAACUUAAUAAAACUCGCCAAAAAGUAUGGCGAGAAAAACUGGACGCAUAUCGCCGAAGAGUUGGAAACAAACCGCAAUGAGCUGCAGUGUUUUGUUCAUUAUCAAAAGUACAAAGGGAAUUUAUAUACAAAAGGCAAAUGGUCCAAAGAGGAGGACAUCAAACUUAUGAGAGUGAUCAAAGAAAAUUCAAUCGAAAAAAUGAUCAAUUGGCAAAAAGUAUACUAUGGCAUGCACGACUCGGGGCGUUCAAACGACCAGAUUUACAACAGGUGGAUGUUUAGCUUGAAGCCGGGUAUCAAAAAGGGUCUACUGGACGACAAGGAAAAGAUGAUAAUCAGUGCGGCCCAAAAAAACAAUAUUCCAGCUUCCGUCGUGUCUAUGAAUCUGACUAAUAGAACUACUACGCAAAUUCGAAACGCUUAUCGACGAAACUUAUCCUAUUUGAGCGAAAUAUAUCGUGGCGGUUGGGUUCCCGAAGAGGACAAGCUGUUGUUGAGUGCCGUUAACCGACACGCGCCCAAUGAAUGGACUUGGUCUGAAAUAUCUAAGCAAGUGCCUGGACGUAAUGCCGAACAGUGCCGGCACAGGUUCAAACUAAUCGAGAAAAAAAUCGAACAGAAUCCGAACCUGACCAUCGAUUGCUUCCCGAGGGCCACGCAUACGUACCGAGUAAAAACACUUCCGGAAUUGCCCGACGACUUAGAAAGCGUUCACAACGUUGUGUUCGAAGGAUUCAAGGAAAGUCGACAGUCCCUUAAGGCGCGUAACCAGCUCGAAGAAACGGACGCCGACCGCAAACUCAAAAAAGCCUUCCUAGAUAACGCAUAUAUCAAAAACCAUUGUAAUUUUUCCAGCAAGUGCGAGCUACUGAAUUAUGUGCUCAACUACUUGGGGGCCGAUCUCAGGGUUCCGGACGAAAUAGUGCACAAAGACGAUUUCGUGGACGAAGGGCUUAUGUCCAUGUUGACUUACCUUAAACAAUCGUCCAACCAAGCGUUAACGUUUCCUAACGCUCAUACGGGACCGGACGAAGGGUGCGACAUGGUAGACUUUGAUUUUAUCCACGAAGGGGUCCAAGGCGCUUUGAGGACCAGUGACAUAAUCAAUUCUAGCAUGAGCGAAUUGCGAGGCCUUAUGGACAUACGGGUGAGAGACAUCGAUUGCCUAAUUAAGAAAGAGGUUAAGAAAGAGUUCAAGUAUCCAGAAAUCAAACAGCUUGUGUUACCUUUGCACGCAAUGGGUUCGGUCCCACCAAACUAUGAAACAUUCAAAAUGCUGUACACGUACGUAUCGAGUCUGAGUAGUUGUCUGAAAACCGAUACCACGAUAAACCCCGGUGUAGAAUUCGAUUGGGACAGUGAAGAGUCAAAAAAGCUCCAUCAUCGCCUGGUGACCAUCUUCCGGUGGCCCGCUCUGUUCUCAGGAAUGGUCGACUACAAUGUGGACAAAUUGAACAUGCUAAUCAAAACCGAAGUAACCGAAGACCAGAUUAAUGAGACCGCCCACCAUUUGGGUCUCGAUAGAAAAAAAAAACCCGAUUUCAAUCUGAAACUAUUUUUAUAGGUCCCACUACUUUUGUUUUUACACACGAAUGGUGUUUUUUUUUUUAAGAUAUUUCCUAAAAACCGGCACAGAGUUCACUUAUUUUUAAUGAAAGUUUAAAAAUUAAACCUCAAAGUUAAAAUUGAUAUAUAGAGAAGUCGACACAGUUAUUACAGAUAUAGUUAUUACAGUAAUAAGAAAUUAAACCGUAAGAGUGAGGCAAUAGUACAAAAUCUCAUAAACUGUAUAAUGCAUACCAAACAUUCAAAACCGAACGCACAAAUUGCACUUUAAAUUGUGUUGUCUUUUUAACACUUUUAGUAUUGCGUUUUGUAAGCCCUUCUAGUUCUAGAAAAAAAAAUUAAUUACCAAUAAGUGUUUCCUAAUUUCUUUCUGUAUUAACAAUAAAAUAAUUUGCCGAUCAUCACAUGUGUUAAAUAUGGUAGCCGAACUACAAAAAAAAAAAAAACAAACUCCG